CAGCGCCGUCGAUAGUGGCAGACGCGCGUCGCGACGCCGAUCUCUCAAACAUCCUGAUAAACUGCACUUCUCGUUCGAAAUCGUACCCGUUAGCGACGUGUGGCGGUAAUUGAUUCGGGUAGCCCGAGGAUAUGCGGCGAUCGUUCAACCCCUAACGCGACGGCAGGGUUGCCGAAUCUGCCGACUGCUUCGUCAUCGCUAUCGAAAAAUGAAACUGCCAUCAAAUCGAGAAUGUAAAUAGGCGACGAGUAAAUGUUGCGCCUAAAUAUCCUCAAAUGAGCGAUUCGGAGAACUCCCGAAUUACAAUCUAACCCCGCAAUAAUCGUCAGGCGAUUUAUGUUAAACUUCAGUGUCGCGAACUCGCUGCUAGCGUCCCGCUUUGUCCGGAGAAGAUUUAUUGAAUAGCCAGGGAAUAGUGACGGCUGUAUACCGAAGACACAAUGGCUGACCACGACCCAUUCGACGACGAGCUGGUGUCCACGAACACCACCCAGCGCAACUGGCGCGGUAUCUUUAUCGCGUUACUGGUAAUAGUGGUCGUCCUGGCCCUCAUCGUCACAUCGGUAGUUCUUUUGACUCCUCCGGACGAAGGACCGAGGAUUAAGGGCGCCAGAUUCGAACUUCACGACAUUCUAAAUCACGAGUUUCAACCGCUGAGGUUCAACGGAACAUGGAUAUCGGACGACGAAUUGCUGUUCAAAGACCAAUGGGGCGGAAUAAGUCUCAUGUAUGCGUCGAAUUUGUCGGUGAGGACACUCAUGUCGAAUCAAUCCUACAUGAGACUGAAUCCCGCAAGAUUUUCGCUGUCACCUGAUCAGAGAUAUUUACUGCUGGCGCAGAACGUCCAGAAAUUAUUCAGGCAUUCUUUUCUUGCUCAGUACACAAUCUACGAUAUUCAAACUGGAAAUGACUUCCCCUUGCGGCCGCUUCCCGAAGAGGACGAUCAUCCCUUUCUGCUCUUUGCUCAAUGGACUCCCCGAAGUCACAGUUUAAUUAUGGUGAAGGACUACGAUAUAUACUAUAGGAAAACGCCCACGUCGCAUACGGGUUACAGGAUAACGGAUACGGCCGUUCCCGGAGUCGUAGGACACGGGGUACCCGAUUGGCUUUACGAAGAAGAAAUACUAGGUUCGAAUUCGGCGCUGUGGCUAUCGAGCGACGGCCUUUUGUUAAUGUUCGCCACCUUUAACGACACCUUAGUAGAAGAGUUGAGGUUUCCCUGGUACGGUUCAAUCAGUGACGGUCGACUUUAUCCGGAUAUCCGGUCGCUGCGAUAUCCGAAGCCCGGCACACGUAACCCUGCAGUAACUCUCACGAUCGCUGACUUGGCAGAUGUGUCGAAUAUAAAAAGGAAGAAGGUUAUACCGCCCGCGGUUCUCGCCAACACUGAAUACUACUUCACAGCCGUCUCUUGGAUUAGCCUGACGGAAAUAUCCGUGGUGUGGUUAAAUCGACCGCAAAACUUGUCCGUGGUCACAAUUUGUACGAGCCCGAAGUGGGAUUGCAAAGAGACCCAGAGGAUCACGGGCGAUGGUCAGGGGUGGGUCGACAUGGGCGACAGUCCAAUUUUCGGGACGGACAGCUCCAACUACAUCUCCAUAGCACCCGUCCGUGACGGUCCGUCUGGGACUUUCCGUCACGCGGUAUCUGUAAAUAUUCCCAAACGGCGUAUCAUACCCCUUACGCACGGAAAAUUCGAAAUAGCCAGGAUUCUUACGUGGGAUCACUCAAACGACGUCAUUUAUUUUUUAGGCACACCCGCGAUGAAGCCUGGAGAACUGCAUCUUUUUCGGGUAUCUUCGGUACCACCGAGAAGCGGGGCGACGCUUCCGCCACCGGUGUGUUUGACCUGCGUCAAAGAACCAGCCCCCACCUCGCCUCCUUACAUUGGGUUAGACGAGAACACGUACCGACUGAAGAAAGCCAACUGGGAAGAUGAAGACGAUGAUACCGUGAUGACGACUCCGCCGCCCAAGAAAAAGAAGAAAGGGAAACAGAAGUUUGCGCAGAAAGAUCCGCCCUGUUUGUAUCACAACGCUGUAUUUAGUUCCAAUUCCCAAUACUUCGUGUUGGAGUGCUUAGGACCGGGUGUGCCGACCGCAGCGCUUUACAAAACGGCGAUGCCCAAACCUAAGCUGUUGAUGUGGCUUCAAAAUAACACUCGUCUUAGAGAGAAGAUAUCGAAAAUGGCGGUGCCGCAAAUCAAGACGUUUCCCGUACAAAUUUCCGGGGGAUAUCACGCCCACGUCAGGUUGCAUCUGCCGCCUGGAUUAAGGGAAGAUGAAAUAACGAGGUAUCCCCUCGUAGUUCAGGUAUACGGCGGUCCAGGAAGCCAAUUAGUUACCGAACGAUGGAGGAUCGAUUGGAACACGUAUCUGGCAGGGAACAGGGACAUAAUUAUUGCCCAGAUCGACGGACGUGGUUCGGGCGGGCAAGGUCAUCAAUUACUUCACAAAGUCUAUUACAAGCUGGGAUCGGUAGAGGUGGCGGACCAACUCGAAGUUACCGAAUACUUGAGGGACACGCAGCAUUUUAUCGACAGGAGACGCGUAGCAGUGUGGGGAUGGAGCUACGGCGGCUUCGUAGCUGCGUUAGCGCUUGCCAGUCCGAAAAGCGUUUUCCAAUGUGCCAUCGCAGUGGCGCCCGUGACAAAUUGGAGACUGUACGAUUCGGCUUACACGGAACGGUACAUGGGUUUACCGAACGUGACCGACAAUUACAAGGGCUACGAGGAAGCGGACGUUAGCAAAAAAGCGGAUCAGCUCAAGGACAAGAUGUUCUAUUUAAUCCACGGCUCUGCAGACGAUAACGUGCAUCUGCAGCAAACGAUGGCCCUCGUUAAAGCGUUGUCUGAGGCAGACACUCUGUUCAGACAGCAGAUUUAUCCCGAUGAAAGCCACAACCUUGGCGGCGUCAAAAGGCACCUAUACAGGAGCAUGGAAAAGUUUCUGGACGACUGUUUCCAGAAGCAGGUGCCGCCGAAAUUCAAAGCCGGGCUGCAAGACGACAUGGAGGAGGAAUAGUAUUCCAUAAAUGGUUUUUAUUAAAUUCAUCCCGGACAGUAGCCUGUAUAAAAGUACACUGUAUACUAUAACGUCGAAAUAAUACACCAAAAGUGAUAACAUACGUAAUAUAAAUGUAAUAUUCUUUUGGUACUUACAAGUAAUUGUAAUAACAUGUAGCGUGAAGGUUGAAAAUAUCUGAUGUCACCGACACAAACUAACGACUAAGAAAACACCAAGCAAUUUGAUGGAUACCCAAAUCGGAAAUUAUCGAUCUUAAUUUUUCGUAAAAUGUGUAGAAUUAAAGAAGAAAAAAAAGGUAAACGGAAUUUUAAUAUGGGUGGCACGCUUAAGAUAAUUGUGUUAAAACCCUAAGUCACACGUUAGGGUUGCUAGUGAUUAAAGUGCCAAAUUUUAACGAAUUAAUCGUUUGGUGUAUACAAAAAUGUUUGUAUUUCAUUGUUAGCGUGUGUUAUCCCAGUUUUUAUUUGUAUUCGCGAACGAUAUAAGUAAUUAUAUCAAUUUAAAUCACUUUCGAACAACGCUCAACAUCAAUGUGAAUAUUGUUGAAGACCAAAAUGUAAAUACCGCUUCUCCCUUCAGCAUUUUUGUGCUUUGAGAUGGGAGCCAAUCAUUUUUAGAUCUUUUGUUUUGUAUAUCCAUACGGAGGGUAUAAAUGGUAACGAAUCGAAUGUUAAAUUUUAGGCAGAUUUUGAUUUUUACUUUUCGAAAAAAUUAAAAGUCAAUUUUUACAAUUUCAAAAACAUUUUUGUGCAUUGAAAAAAACCGCAAACCUCUUGAUUUAAUUCCAGUGGCAGCGUAAGUUGAGCGCAAUUGGUGGGCGUGAAAAAAUUAUCUUAAAUAUCCAAAAUGCCGACAGAAGCCUGUCGUCCUCGACAAUUCGUCACAUCUUUGUUUAAAACUGAAGGAUGGGCAUGGUUGUUCGAAACGUCCUGGUUUAAAUAGUUUCGCUUAAGCUUUACCGCAAAAUUACCUACGGGAUGAUCGUUUUUACAUUAUAAAAUGAAGACGAAAAGAUUCAUUUAGACACGGAUUAGGCAAAUUUCUCACAUAGUUGUUGGAAAACCAAAUCUAUCUUACCAGAAUGGUAUUACAUUAAAGUUAAAGUAAAUGAUAUUAAAAUGCAUAUUAGACGUAGAUUUGAAAAAUUGACCAAUUAUUUAUUUACUCUAGAAAAGUAGAACGUACUUCCGGUUUUAUUAUUUAGCGCACACAGUAAAGUUCUAACACUUAAGGAUAGUAAUAAUGGUAAUAUAUAGUUGUAACUAGUAAUAAUAGUACUUAAUCAUUGUCUGUUUUAGAAAAACCUUUGUACUUCCUAAUAUUUAGGAUUCGGCCUAAGAAUAUGUAGUCACAACAUUUAGGACGUAAUGAUAAGUACGUUCGACAUUUUUUUGGAAAUGGAAAUGAAGAAACAACAAUUUUAUACUUUAAGCUUUUAAAACACAGCUCAAAUACAAUUCGAAUACUUUCCACGCUGCUUUGAAAUGCGGUAAACGGGGGAAAAGUUGGGAAAUUUGAAGGUUGAUAACGAAAACGAAAUUUGCCGAUAAAAAGAUCACCUACUGGCUACUUUUUGAAUUCUAGAAGAUAGCUUUGAGAGAUUUUAAGUAUGACGUUUUAUUUCACGAUAUUAUUGUUUCAUAUGGUGUGUGAAAAAACUGCACCAUGUAUUAAAGAUCAUUUUUUAUUACGAAUAAAAUUAUAUACGAUUCCUCAUUUUUUAAAUCACAAAAAACGUUUUUUUUUUAUUAACUUUUCAAUGUUUUGGUGUACUAGGAUGCAUAAAAAAAAGAUAAAAUCAGCUACUUAAAGAAAACUCACUAUAAAAAAAUUUAUAAAGAAUGUUUGAUCAAAAGACUAUUAUUUGCCAAACACAUAUAACUCUUUGUAAGUGUAGAAUUUAGAUCAUUUUUUAAACAAUCAGUUGUAAUAUUUUCAAAGGCUUCAAGAACUAGUGCUUUGUUUCAACAAUCAACAAUUCAACAAUCUUCGUAUCUGUUAUGGUUUCCAAUAUGCCCAUGAAAGACAGCCUGAUCUUGGACACACUAUGCAUUGUCGAAACGAUGGGUUAUCAUUCAAAUUUAAAAAAUUGUUCCGGUUCACUCGAACCAAAAAUGCAAAUGCGAAAAUCUCUUUAAAAUUUUUAUCGUCGAGGUCUGAACGAUAUUGUAAAUAAAAGAAGUCAAUAAUUAAAUUACUAGGUAGUUUGUUAGAGUAUGAAAAGGAUUCAUCUCAUGUCAUCUAAAUUAUAUAGCAAUAUACAGGAUAUAACAAAGUUAAAUGAUCGAACAAGAAUAGCCAGCGUUUUACAAUAAUACCUACAAUAAAAUAUUUCUUCAUAUGACUACGACGCUGGUUGUUCUAGAAUCGCAUUAUUUGUAAAUAAAAUUUUAAUCAAAUUAGGGUCGCCAAGCAUUGCUACUUUAGCGUUUAGUUGUAAAUGACACUCUUUAUUAAUAAGUGGCUACAAAUUUGCGUAGCCGUUUAUAAAUGCUUUGUUUCUAACACCAUAUUUUAAUUGGCUCAAAAAACUAAAUAUUAACGAAAUUAUUGGAAUUUUUUAUAGAAAAUCACCAGGCGUGAUGUCCUAACUCUAGAAAAACUAACAAAUUCUUCUAAAAAUAGAUAAAUUAAGAACAUUGAUUACAAGUAAAUUUUUUUCUUACCAUCAGGAUCAGUAAACCUGUUUCUUGUCUUUUUUGGUUAGGAAUAUACAGGCUUCAUGUACAUUUUUAGAGCAAACUAUGCACAAGCGCAUAUCUUCCUCCCGCAUGUGUGACAUAAAAAACUAAACCACAAUUCUUUCUGUUCUUUCACUUCUUUCUGCGGUUUUUUUUGUACUGCCAUUUUCUUCUCUGUUAACUUUUGGUGAAUCAUAUUUUGUUUUUGGUAGUUUGCUGGAGAUUGCUGUUUCAAGCCAGCUUCCUCUUUGCGUGAGUUCUUUAAUUUCAGGAGUAAAUUCAUGAGUUGCAAUCCUAUUUUGUUUUUGUUUUAAUAGUAGCCCGAUUACCAGAAAUUUUAUAAUCCUCGCUGUUUUCACAGCUCUAAAUAAAUCCGAAGUCAAGUUUAUCAGUCUGUCUAGUCUGCUUCUUCUUUUUGUUAAACUUUUCUAAAACUGCAUUUUAUCUUCGCAAUCUGCGCUAGUAACGGUACUAUUGCGAUAAGCGGUUUUUUUUGGCACGUACUUUUUUAUUGUCUAAAGACUCGAUCGACUUGCUAGAACUUCCAACGACAUCUUAUACACUUUGGGAAUUAGUGUGAAAGCUUUGUUCCUUUGCUUUUCUGUAGGUAAUCAAACAUAAGCCUCUUCAGGUUAUGGUCUCAAUUGUGGCUCUAAAUCCAGAAAUAAUGUUUGGUUUAACAAAACGAAAUCAAAAAUUUUUCUGAACCUAAGGUUGGUACUGAUAAACCCAGUCCAUUAAUGUACGCGUUUUGACCGUUUCACAAUUUGAAGCUUUUCUCGUCCAUGUUUCAUGGUUUGUCAUAUAACCUUAGCAUCUGGUUAGUUCCUCUCAACUUAUGAAAGAAUUACUCAUUUUUUCUGCUAGUGCUAUAUUCAUUUGUUGAGCUCUUCGUUUCAAUGCUGAUGGCUGUGCAAAAAUCACUUGAACUAUUUUCUUUCAGCACUAUUGAGAUUUUGUUGCAUACGUAAAUUCACUUUUCUUCCUACUUAUUAAUCUGUGAAUUCUUCCGACUCAGUAAUUUUCUUGUUUCGCAUUUAAUACCGAUGACCUUCAGAGUGUUCUUUUGGGAUCUUGGGUUCUAAAAUGAAAGUCUGUUUGAUGGACAUUCUUUUUUGGCGAUCUGCAAAAGAGUUUAUAUUUACUUCCUGAUACUGCUUAUCUUCCUAAUUAUACCAAUGGCAAUAUUUGGAAUACUUAGUGGUGGCAAUAUUAGAAGUAAACGACUAAAAUAAAGAACAUUCCCUAACCUAGAAACGAUUUUGAAAUAAUUCAUGCAAUUAAGAUAUUACGACCCAUUGUAAUGUGCUUACUUGUGCUUAUUAAAACCAUAGACAAUAUAAGGUUAGCUGGCGGUCUUUUCGUCUUUUUUUUUUUAGGCUUAUUUAGUAUCGAUAUGAGCUGAGUAACGACGGGCGGCCAUAUUUAACCAAUUUAGACCUAAACGUUCUCAUUUGCUCUGUUACAUCCUGCAUAAACGUUUCCUCUUGUAAAUAGUGAGAUUUAUUUAUUGUACGAUUCGUUAAAUUUAGUCUAUAAAAUAUUCUAUUUUCCUAUAGCGUUACAGAGAUGUGGGUCCAACGUGUUACUGUUUUUUCGACUUUCCCCAAAAUUUGCGACGCCUUUUCGGGUUCGCAUUGUAUUUUGCCCGCAUUUUCACACCUGUAAUAUUUUACUGGGGUUUCGGGUAACCGAAUCUCGUCCCGCCAUCGAACCGGGAGUCCCAGUGAGGAAAACAGGUGGUCCGUGAAAUUUGGAAAAGAUAAAUUAAAUAAAUCGGGAAAACGCUGGAAAUUAUUUGGAGUUUUCUGAAAUGGCCGCCAGGUGGACACGAUUGUCAUCUUGAUUGCGAAAACCUAACAUUUUUGGAAACAUAUGGCGAUAGAUUCAAAAGGAUUUAACCCCUUGCUACCAGAGGGCGUUUUCUGACAAUUGAAAAAAAAAGUAAAGCAAAACUUUUUCAAUGUAUAAUUUAAUUUAAUUUAAUAAUUUAAUAAAAAAUUGUUAUUUAUCUUUUUUUAGAAGCAAACAAAAUACCCAUUUAAUUAAUUUACUAUCAUGAAACAUUUUUUUUUUUUGCUAAAAAUUAGGUUGAUCAUCUAACCCAAUCUAGUCAAUUCUUGAAGACCGCCCAAGCUUAUUAUUUCUUCAUUAUAAUAAGAUAUAUUAAAUGUGAAUAAACAAAAUAGCAAUAAGAAAAUUGAUAUGCUACUUGAACUCUCUGAAACGGUAAAAAAAAAAACAAAAAACAAAAUCUCUUUUAAUGGCAAUCUUGAUAAUUAAAAUUGAACUAUUUGUGUUCAAGAUGAUUUAUAUUAGAUAUUUCUUCACCAUUUUACCAUUUAAAUACAUCUACAGUUAGUAAAGUUCGUCUCCAACAAUUUAACAAUUUAAACCGUACUUUUAAUGAAAAAAUAACUGAUAGCACUGAAUAAUAAUAAUAUUAAACUAUCUUUAAUAAUAAUAGGAUAUUGCCAUAUAAGCUGUAAUAUAAGACCGAGAAUCGAAUAGGUUCCAGAAUACUUCCUUGGGGAACACCGCCUUUUAAAGCAAUUGAAUCUGAAUAAGUAUUUACUAUUACCAAUCUUUGGUGUCUCUGAGAAAGAAAUUUUUUAAAAAAUGAAACAGCUGUGCCUUUUGUCUCAAAGUAUUUUAGUCCACGUAAGAGAAGGAAGUGAUUCGAGGUGAUGAACGCUUUACUAUAGUUUAAGAGUUAAAUUUAGAAUCAGCUGCUCUCACCAAAUUAUCAGUAACAUGGAGUAAAGCAGAAGUAGCGCUGUGGAUAAGUCGGAAACCCGACUGAGCGUCUGGAUUUUGUCAUCGCAUAGGCGCUGACGAAGUUGUUUAGUAACAAAUUUUUAAACAACCUUUGAGAUGGUGGGCAACAAAGUGAUUGGACAUUACUUAUAUGGAACAGGUCUGACACCCACUUGCUUCCAAGGGUCAGUAAUAGUAACAGGUAGUUUGUUACCUUAGAGGUAUUGUAACGAAAAAUAAUAAAGAUAAAUAAUGUGAUUUUAAGAUUUAACGUAAUUAAUGAGUGUUUUAUUUGGUAAACUAUAGAUUAUUAGAAAUUAAUUACAAUCUGCAAACUCAAAAUAUUUCCAAAAUUCAAUUUAUUUUAGUUUUAAGUUCUUUCAUUCAUAAUUCAAGUUAGUAGUAGUAGUGGUAAGUAGGGCGAUCGCAUUACUUAAAGCGCAAUUGAUAGCCUAAGAUUGAUAGCCUAAGAAAAGUCUUUUUUAAUGACUUUUAUGAAUUAUCGAGAAUUAUUUCCGAAAAUGUUUAAAUACUCGGACUAAUAGAUUGGACGUGUCGAUAAAUUAUCCAUGCAGUCUAGAAAACUGCUUGGUCGUCUGGAUAUUCAUUCUAUAUCUUUUGAAUAUCCAAGGACUCUCAGAACAUGUUUUUGUUGGAUAUUAGUUGAACGCAAAAUUUGCAAAUUAAAGUCAGACCGAUAUAGCGGAUUGGUAACUAACUAACGAAAAACUAAAGUUUAUAUUUCUUUGGUUAAACCUUAAUGUCUUAACCAAACAAUUCUCGUCACGCUAUUUUAUUCCUGCAAAUUUAUUGUGGAUGUUAAGUAGUAAAGAGAAGUUAAUUAUUACUAAUAUUUGAAUAUUUCUUUUUUCACUAAUUAAAACAACUUUGACAGAAGUGUGACAUUUGGGGAGUUCAAGUGCGACUCCCGGGUAUCCAGUAGCUUAAAGUGUACUAACACAGUGUGUGCGUGGGUACUUACAGUGUACACUUAAAGUGUAUAGUUGUCUCAGGUUUAAUACUUUACUCACUCUAACCAUGGAUUUUCAGAAUCAAAAUAGCAAGUACGCCACCUAGAGGCCGCUUCAGAUGGUCGAAAAUAAUUCCCAGCACAACACAAUACAAACUAGUUACGCGAUGUUUGUAUUGAAUUUUUUUUAAUUUUACACGCCUCAAAACAUCGGGAUACUGAAAAACGUUUUGCAUUUAAAGAAGUUUAACGCAAAUGAAAACGCAUACAUCAAAUAAAUAAAUUUAUUGCUGUUUGGAAAUUAACACAGUAAUAAAUAAUAAAUAUAUUUGUAAACUUACGUGCCGAAACCAGUAUCUGAGAAUAAGAGAGAUUUGAAUAAGUUGUACAGCUGACAAUUCUUUUCGGGAUUUCUGUUAAAAAAGAUAUAUUUUUCUUACCGGAUCGAAAAAUCAACAAUUAUAAGUCUUUGGCCCUUGGAAAUUGGUCUUAGAUUGCCCAUAUAAGAAUCAUCGAACCAAACCUGACUAUGUUUAUAGUUUUCGUCCCUAUAUAGAACAUUCCACCCUUCGUUUCUAAGUUUUCUCAUUUUUUUUAAAUAUUAUGAGUUUCUUUCAUACGUUUACGUUUAUCUUUUAUUUCAAAAGUCAUGGUACCUUUAUCUUAAUUUCUAAUGUUUGUUUUUUAAAUUACAUCACAAAACAACAAACAUAUUAAUAAAUAACUUACUUGCCUUGCCUUUUCUGUCUAAUAACUGAAAAAAAAACAGUAGGUACAAUGGUUUGUUAUUCAAUUUUGAAUUCUUAAGUUUAAAAUAGGUCGUCGCUUCUCCAUAAUAUAAAAAUCGUUAUCGCUUUCAUUUGUCCUGGAGUGAUAUGGAGAGAAAUGCUUGUUCUAUCCGCCACACAGUCUACAUUCACUUUUCUUGACUCUUUUUGAAUCCUAUUAGAGAGAGUUCUUGCCCUACAAAAAACUAUUUCGUUUUGCAUAAAAUAAAAUUUUGUUGUGCUCUUCGAUAGAAAUAGUUAUUCGUUCCUUUGUUUCCUUUCUUUUCUUCCUUUCUCGCCCUUGACUAUGAAGCAUUAAUUUUUUCUUGCCUAUUUGUUAAGGGAUCGUCUUGGUUAAAUGAACUAUCUGCUUCAGACAAACAUUUAUCAUUGAUAACUGGAAUAAAAUUGUCCAAUAUAUUUUUUCUUUUAAUUAACACGAAAUCGUCAAAAAAUCGAAAACAUAUUUCCUAAGAUUUUAAAAACGCCAUCAGAAAAUCAACACUUUUACGCGGAUCCACCUUGUUGCCGGGACGCCCGGUAUAUAUGCAUACCAAUUUUUCAAGUAAAGAUUUUGUUACUCUGCUACCUGACGUGCAUUUUGAAAAGUGAGACAAUUAUAGUGAGAUAUACGUGUGUUGUUCACAUAUUUUAAAAUUCAUCCUUUUCAACGGACUAUUUUAACCGCCUUUGAUGAUGAUAUUUACGGAUAAUUUUUAGAGUACGUCUUGUACAUACCUUGUUCGUUCGUUUUCCAUCACGUUUGAUUGUUAUUGACGAUUCAAGUAGCACCGAUUAAUUAAAUAAUAAAAACGCAAUAUCGACUUCGACUG